CAGGAGGAAGGAAAAAUGGCGACGUCUCAUAUUUGUUCUUGUUUUGGAAAUCUAAGACCUCGCUACAAACGCUUGGUGGAUAAUAUUUUUCCAGCAGAUCCACGGAGUGGCUUAGUAAAGUCAAAUAUGGACAAACUGAUAUUUUAUGCCUUGUCCUCACCUGAGAAACUAGACCGAAUUGGAACUUACCUGGCCAGAAAAUUAACUCGAUUUGUAGAUCGUAAACGCUACGACUUUGUAACAAUUGCCAUGGAAGCUUUGGAUCUUUUGUUAAUGGCUUGUCAUGCUCCAAAUUUGAACUUAUUCGUGGAGAGUUUUCUACGGAUGGUGCAAAAACUUGUGGAAAAUCCCGAAGUGGAUUUGCAGGUGCUCGGAACCGCUUCAUUCGUGAAGUUUGCCAACAUUGAGGAGGAUACACCGUCCUAUCACCGACGAUAUGACUUUUUCGUGUCUAAAUUUAGCUCAAUGUGCUGGUACAAUGGAAAGAACGAACAGGAAAAUCUCAAAGUCAGAUCGGCAGGGUUGAAAGGAUUGCAAGGUGUUGUUCGUAAAACAAUCAGUGAUGAUUUACAAGUCAAUAUAUGGGACCACACACACAUGAAUAAAAUAGUGCCGUCCUUGUUGUUUAUCCUCGAAGAGCGCGAUAAAACGACAACCAGUAGAAGCAGUGAUUUUUCUGGCAAUUCAUCAGAAGAUGUAACUCACCUUGCUGAAGCAUGUCUAAGAGAGCUUAUGAGUCGAGCAAGCUUUGGAAACAUUAAAGCAGUUAUAAAUCCCACAUUAGCUCAUAUCGAUGCCAGUGAGCUCUGGGUUCCUACCACAUUUGCACUGAAAAUGUUCAAGAUGAUAAUGUAUUCAGUGCAAAACCAAUACAACCAUGUUGUUAUAAACAUGUUGCUGAAACAUUUGGACAACAACUCCAAGGAGUCUGCAAAGAAGAAAACUGGUAUUGUGUGUGUUUUAUCAGCAUGUGUGAAGCUGGCUUCAGGAGCUUCAAUUGGGCCAGCUGUCCUUGAAGUCUUCAAUACAUUAUUACAUCACUUGAGGUCUUCAGUGGAUGUGAGGUUYAGUUCAAAGCUGUCCAAAUCUUGUGAUGAUGAUGAGAAGGAGUUUGAAGAAUCACUUGUCACUACCAUUGGUGCYUUUGCAGCUCUUCUUCCUGAUUUCCAAAAAUCUGAUAUUAUGAUGUUUAUCAUGGGUAAAUUCCCAAUGCCCAGUCAAAAUCUGAGGAAAGCAGACAGAAGCUCAAUCAAUCCUCUAUCGGAAAGUGACACUGCAUUGCAAAAAAUGCUUUUGAGAAGUCUUCURAAGGUUUCAGAUAGCUUCAAUCCUACCUCCUUAUCAGCUGCAUUUCCUCCAUCAUUCAUUGAGGCUAUAUUCCAAGCAACCAUUGUGGAAAACCAAGAAGUCAGGAGACUUGGUUUGGAGGUUAUCUACACCCUCAUCGAUCGUCAUGGUAAUAUACCAAAGCUAGGUCUCAAUGGUGUGCUAAGGCAUGGGCAAGAGRUUGAGCUUACUGUUGAGAAGUGCUCUAAGCAGGAUUUGAUGUUUUUCAGAAAGUAUCAUGACAGGAUGCUUUGGUAUUUGUAUGAAAGUGCAUGCAUGAAAACAAACACUGUUGACAAUAUCCUUGCCAUUUAUUUAACUCUUGCAAUCUUGAGUACWGAGGUUAAUGAGCUGGAGGCCAUUUCCAAGCUGAUUUCUUUGUCAUUUGGUUUUCAAAACSUUGCUUUAAAUGAGGACAUUCCCAUUUCAAGUACAAAUCGGUGUGCYCUUCAUGGUCUGACCGCUGCCCAGCUUCACCUUGCUGCUCAACACCUGAGGCUCAGUAGUCUUGGUGAUCAUGUUACCGAGGUCAUUCAUUUCCGAGAGAAAGAAGCUCCAUAUUUGGUGCCUUUCAAAGCAUUCACUUUGGAAASUGUUCAGUURUCAACUAUAAUAUUUGGACAACAGUUAAUGUUCAAUUUGAGCAGAGUUCAAGAUGUCAUUAGCAAAAUUGGAGUUGAUUCCAAAYUUGUUCGUAUGUCCUAUGUACAGAAGCCUUAUGAUGAAAUGCUACAGAAUAGCUCCUCACCAGAAAUCUUAGUCGCAUCUGUUCCAAGUGAAUUAGACUCUCAUCCAUCAUCUGGAAUGCRCCCUKCCACUCCCAAAGAGUAUAUUACUUUCCAAAUGUUGAAGGACAUUGUGGCCGAUAGAGCAACACCCAAACAGCAAAGUGAUGACUCCAAGAGACAGUUCAAUGAUGCAAGUUUUGCUGAGAUUGCUGAUGAUGCCAGCUUCAGGUUACGUGAGUUUAAUUCAAAACUUGAUAAUGUCCUGGAUGUGUGUGCUACUCCAAGAACUCUUAGUGCAUUAAGUAUUUCAACUAUCAGUAUCUCUUCAAUACCUGGUGACGAUGCUUUUGAGCUGAAAUUCCCUGAGCAAUAUGUKUACUGAUUCAUGUAAAAAUUAUCCAUUUAAAUGAAUGAGUGGAAACAAUAGAUUGGAAGGCACUAAGCUGAAUUAAUCAGCUAUAAGGGAUAAUUCACAGAUAGGUGAUGAAUACUCUUUUGAGAUUUUACUAAAACAURAGAUUUCAAAUAUUUGAGCUUUGUCUUCAAUUUUGAGAAAAUACCUUGGCAAUAUGACUAUUACAAUUGACUGUUCUUCCAUGAUGUUGUUUGAAAAGAAUAUAUGAUUUUCAGGGUGUGUGUUUUAAAAAAUGUCACAGAAACGUUUUCACUUAAAAUAUAAUGAGCUUUAGACAACUGCCUGAAAAUAUCUUGAUUUAAAGGCUUAAAAAUAGGAAAGGCAAAUGUUAGAAGUUAAAGUUUCUCAUUUUAUACCAUGCACAUGCAUACCACACAAAAACAAAAAAAACAGGCCAUGUAGCAAAAAUCUUAGACACAUUUUGAAUGAUAGCAUUCCAAUUUUUCUUAUUAUUCUAAUACCAGUUUCAGGUUCUGAGGGGGCACAGGAAGCCCAAUAUUCAAACAGAGCACUUUCUAUUAGUGCUGAGAGAGUUACAUUAUAAUUAUCAGAAAAAAAUCUAAAUUUUGUAUAGUUUAUAAAGAAAGAGUAGAAAAUUACUGAAAACUAGACAAAUAGGUUUUGUUAACUUCUAAAUAGGCCUGUCUGGCCUGACAGCUCUUACUAAAUACAAAGCAAUCAAAGAUUUUUGGGCAAUUUUGAAAAGGGUGAGCUAUUUUUGAGAGAUUGCCAUGCCCUCACAAUAAUUUUUUGAAUGAAAAUUGCAACUACAUUUGACCAAAAUAUAAUUGCAAUUGCAUUGCUAACUUUUCAUAUUAAAAGAACAACUACAAGUAC